AAUUUUAACCCUUAAGUUACUCAAUUAAUAAAGUGCAUUUUGUGUUUUUCUCCUUUCUAGCUCAUUCUAUGUCCUAGGGAUGUCCAUAUUCACUCCUACCAAUCAGAUUAGGCUUACAAAUGUUGCCAUUGUUCGUAUAAAGAAAGGAGGCAAAAGAUUUGAGAUUGCCUGCUACAAGAACAAGGUCGUAUCUUGGAGAAACAAAGUUGAGAAGGAUAUUGAUGAAGUCUUGCAGACUCAUACCGUGUUUAAUAACGUGUCAAAGGGGCAGGUGGCAAAGAGAGAUGAUCUAGCUUCUGCGUUUGGCACCGAAGAUCAAACGGAAAUUUGUAAAACUAUAUUAAGCAAAGGAGAGUUACAGAUAUCAGAAAGAGAGCGUCAGUCUCAAUUAGAAUCACUAUUUCGUGAUAUAUCAACCAUUGUUGCCGAUAAAUGCGUCAAUCCUGACACCAAGAGACCCUAUACCGUAGGGAUGAUUGAGAGGGCCAUGAAGGACGUACAUUAUGCUGUUAAACCAACCAGAAGUGCUAAGCAACAGUCUUUAGAUGUCAUAAGGUUAUUAAAAGAUCACAUGCCUCUGGAGAGGGCAAGGAUGAGACUCAAGUUAGUCUUACCAGUUAAAGAAGCAAGGAAAGUAAGGGAGAAGAUAGUUGGUCUAUUAGCCAGCGUGGAACAAGAGGACUGGAGACCACAGUUAGAAAUUGUAUGUCUGAUUGAUCCAGGAAGAUUUCGAGAGAUUGAUGAGAUAGUGAGAGGAGACACUAAAGGUAGUGGAAUUGUUGAAGUGUUAAAUUUAAAAGAUGUUGAAGAAGGUGAUGAAACUUUGCAAUAACAAUCUGAUUAUUAUUAUUACUAUUAUUAUUAUUUUAGUACUAUUUGUUUCUUAUUUAUAUUCAGCAAAUUAUCAAUGCAAUAUUAUUAUUAUUCAGCAAA